AUGGGACUUUUAAAAUUGAAAAGAAAAUUUCCAGAAGAAAUGGAAGAGGAUUGCGAUAGUUUGCAUCAAACAGACGAUACUCCGUUUGUCGCAUUGAUUUUAUAUAAAAAUUCGGGACGUUUUUUAUGCAUGGGAUCCAUUAUUGAUAAUAUACAUAUUUUAACGGCUAAAAUAUGCUUCGAAAGAGCGGAAUCAACUGAAAUACUCGUUGUUGUAGGAUAUAAAAAACCCUGGUGGGGAGAAUGUUCACAAAUAAGAGGAGUAAAAACGAUAUUGAGAAGCGAAAGCGGUUUAGCUAUAUUAAGAAUGAAAUCUCCGAUUGUAUUUUCAAAAGAUGUUUUGCCAGCCAAACUCCCAACUUCGGUCACAAAAUAUAAUAAUUUUAAAGAUACGUAUCCGGGUCCUUUUCAAGUGAUUGGAAUAUUCACGGAUAGAUUUGAAGUACCCGGGGAACCAAUAAGUUUUGAUACAUUUUACGUAAUGAAAAUGGAUACGGCUGCAGCAUUUCCGGAUUGCGAAGCAAAUUACAGCAGACGAAAUUUAGAUUCUUUAACAACUUUUUGCACGAUAGGAAAUGCAUCUUUUUGCUGGGGGGGUUGGGGUGGACCCGUUUUAGAAAUGAAAGAAAAUUUUAUGAUUCAAAUCGGUACGGUUAUUUUAGAUAAUUGUUCAGCAACAACAACGGGACCUUUACUUUCGGCAAGAUUAGAUUCACAUGCAGAUUGGAUCCGUGGUUUUAUUUUUAUUGCUUCGUCAACUGUUAAAGCUAUUGAUUCUGUUUCACAAACUCAAAAUAUAGAUAUUUCUGAUAAAAAAGUCUUAAAAAAUGGCAAAGAACAAGUACGACAAAAACGUGCCACCGAUGCAGAUCAAUUUUCUGUUAAAAUGCCCGUGUGUAAAAAUUUAAUGCAAACAUCUCGACAUCCGUUUGUUGUUAUUUUAUUAUAUAAAACAUCCGGACGAUUUUUAGGAUUGGGAUCUAUUGUCGAUAAAAAAACAGUGAUAACAGCAUCAGAAGUCGUUAAAUUAUCAUUAAGUGCUCCGAGUGAAUUAUUAAUAUUAGCCGGAUAUUUAAGCCCAUACUGGGGACCAGAUUCUCAAGUUAAAAAAGCCGAAGUCAUUUACGCUUUGGCCCAAUAUGGGAACACGGCUGCCGUGUUUGGAUUACAAAGAACCGCAAUUGAUUCACCGGGACAAUACGUUUUAAGAGGGAGCAUAUAUUCAUUGAGCUACGAAACGAUUCCCGAAACCAUAAAUGCAUGUCUCACGUCAUACAGGGAUCAGGAUUUUAAUUCUUCGACAAUGUUUUGCACUUUUGCCAACGGGUCUUGGUCUUGGGGUUGUUUAGGAUCACCGUCGGUCAUGCAAGACAAAUUAGAUAGAUUAUUUCAAGUUGGAGUAGUUAUAAAAACUACGGUUACAGAUGAUGAAUCUUAUCAUUUUCAUAUAAGAAUAGCUCCAUUUGUUCACUGGAUCAGAGCACACAGUCUUUUGAGUUUGGAACAUCAAUAA